AUGGCGGCCGCCCCAGCGCGAAGAGCUCCUUACAAGGACACUUUGCAGCCCGCUCUGCACCGGCGCUUCUCAUCCACAGCCAUCUUGCUCUUGGUCAUCUCGUAUUUGGAAGCUCUUUUCCUAGCUAGUUGGAGCUCAUAUUUCUGGUCCUGGUUUCCAGUCGGCCCCGCAGGAUUUCGAACUCUCCUCAUCUUUUGUUGCGGCCUCUCGAUUCUUGUCCUCCGAAUCGCCCAUUACCAUGUCGGCUUGAAAACAGCGGAAUCAGGCCUGCAAACUCUUGGCUCCUCGCUUCGUAGCCUUUCCACCUACGAGACAGCAUUCUGGUACAGCAUCUCGAGCGUCUUGUUCAGUCUCGUGUUUCUGUUUUCCAUGGACGAGUCGGCCAAUUUGAAAUUCAUCACCUCGUUGAGUGGAGAUCGUCUCAGGCUGAAUGAGCGGCCGCUGUUCCUCGCCUGCUACUUGAGCAUCUGCGCCCUUGUGCAAACAUUCAGCCACUACAAGCAUGAUAUUGACCACCUGGAUCUUGGCACGUCCAAGCGCACGGCGCAUAGGCAGCAGAAGGCCCUGGGACUCUUGCCAGCAUCUUUUCAAGCGGUUCUUCUCCAGCUGCCUGGGACUCUGGCCGCGUGCGCGAAGCAAGCCGUCUCGGCACUGACUAUUUGCUUAUUUGCGUAUUACCUCGUUCUGCGAUCCUUUGCCUGGGGCUGGGCCCUGGCCUUUCUGCGGCCAAUCUACAAUCUACCAAGGACGAGCGCCGUGCCCUAUACAUGGCCUACAGAUAUAUACCUGCUGGCACGCUGUAUAUAUGCCGGCACGCUGAUGAACUUUGUCUGGUCCGCUGGAAACACGGCCUUUUCGGUGUUCAUGGUCACUGAACCGCUCAAGAACGGCAAUCCCUUGACGUCUGAAUCCAAAGAUCCCAACGGCAGUCUCUUGAAUGGGUUGAAGAGCAAAAAGCUAUCUAUCAAGUCCUUUGCCGCAUGGGAACUAUUUCUUAUUGCCCAAAACUUUGACGCCCGACGGCAAGCCAUCUUUUCCGACAUCGAUCGCAAAGACGGUCCGAUGUGGUCGCAAGUUUACGCCUUUUGUAUGAAUCUGCUAAACGAGAUGGAGACUCGUGUGGACGAAUUCGGAAAACCGUCGCCAUCUGCAGCCGCGCAGCCCGCUCAAGCGGUGGAGGGCGAGCCACGCGUACCUGCCGCCCUUCGGCAGGACCCCAUCUUGAUGAAGAAGAACGGGGCGUCUGGGUUGAUGGGAGGAGUGGAAAAGGCUUGGGACGAGAUUGCCAGAGCCCCUGGAUCGUCACCUGUUUCUGAACUGAGCCCUUUGGCCAAGAAGACUUGGAGGGAUGCCAAGGAUAAAAUGCUCAGCAAGCGGCAGCAGGAGGUGCUGUCUGCCGAGCACAUACGAAGCGAGCUUGAAGGCUGGACAGCCAGGCUGAUGAGAAUCGACUUGAUCGGCGGCCUGUUCCGGCACGGAUUCCGCACACGGCUUGCCGGGACAGUUUUGGGCACGCCAUACGCGGAGCCGGCGCUGUAUUCCCAUGCGAUUCAGGCCCUCUGUCUGCUGGCAGCUCACAGCCUGGCCGAGGACCAGUAUGGAAACGUCCACAGGGAUGUGCCUAGCAUCGUCCGUACACUGACGACGGCGAUACGGAAAGUGGAGGGCCUCAAGCAGCGGUUUCCAUUGCAUUGGACGGACCCAUCUGGCAGCAAAGACUGUCCCGAGGUGGAGCAGGUUCUUGACGCACUACGCUCGGGGCUGGAGCGAGUUGUUGCCAAGUUUGAGCCGUACAGCAAUGACCUGAGACUGUCUCGAGGCGACCUGCGCUUGGCCAAGGAAGCCAUGACGAAGCCCGAAGCACCACCAGAGACUUGCGCACCAAAACAGAAGGAGGCUGAUGCUGCUGCAAAAUCAAUACCCAGGCCCAAACCGAAAGCCAAAUCCAAACCCAAACAAGCUGAGACGAACAAUUCGGAUUCUACCAACGCACGCCGAAUGGAGACGAAGGAGAAGGAGAUGGAACAGGUAAGAUGA